CUGAGAUUUAAUCCGGUCUUCAGCUGGGAUUCACGAUAUGAACAGGAAUUGAGGAAUUUUGAAGAGUUUGGUGACGAGGGUGACAUUUGGUUUGGGAGGAGUGCCGAAAAAAGGUUAAAAUCCGCUUGUAUUCUUGAUUUGGGUUGUGGCAAUGGUUCUUUGUUGAGAAAAUUGCGUAGCAGUGGAUAUUCUCAACUCACCGGUAUAGACUAUAGUGCAUCGGCCAUUGAGUUAGCACAGCGGCUUUCUAACGAAGACCAGAAAUCUGGUAACGUCCUAGAUAUUUUAUCGCCAUCCGAUAUUCUAUUCUCAAAUCAAUAUGAUGUUCUUCUUGACAAGGGCACUUGGGAUGCAAUGAGCCUUUCUAAUGACCGAGAUUCGCGUGUUCACAUCUACAGAACUGCUGUGAAAGAUGCUCUCACUAGUCGUGGGAAGUUCGUAAUACUUUCGUGUAAUUUUACAAGGGAGGAGUUGUGUCAAUUCUUCGAUGAUGGUUCGUCACUGGUGUUUAUCACAGAAAUCCCUGCUGCACAUUCAUUCACGUUCGGUGGCCGCGCAGGAGUAACUUCUACUGGUGUCGUCUUUGAAAGGAAAUGA